CAAGCACCGCAAACUGCCUGCAGGCACACAGUACCCUACGUACGCACCUUAUUCUUGUGGCAGGGCAACCAAGACGUUUCAUGGGCGAUUCCGGCAACGCAACCGCGCAGGCGGGCAACGGCAUGAACAACAACAGCAGCAGCAACAACAGCAACAGCAGCAACAACAGCAACCGCGGAAAGGGAGGUGGACGCGGGGGAGGCCGCGGCAGACCGGGCCGCGGGAGGGGGAAGGGACGCCCCCGUGGAAAGGGCCGGGGAGGCGGAAGCGGAGGCGGCGACCCGAAAAAGAACCAGGAUUCCGGACCAGAGGACCGGGGCGGAUCCCAGGCGGACGAGCCCCACAACAGCAACACCAGCAACAACAACAACAACAGCAACGGCAACAGCAACCACCAAAGGCCCCCGAGGACGGGAAGGGGCGGCGGACGCGGGACCAAGGGCCGCGGGAGGGGCCGCGGGGGCAGGGGAGGCCGCCGAUCGCGCGGGGGGAGGAACACGAACCCCAAGGCCGAGGGCAGCGGCAGGAGCCGAUCGACCAGCCCGCUGCCCGGAUCCGAAGAGCAUCCUCGUCCUCGUUCUCGUCCUCCCCCGGAGGCCCAGCACCAGCACCAACACCAACCCCCCCCCUCUGCCACCGUCCACCAGUCUUCCGCCGGCCCAACCAGGGCGGUGGCGAGCGACCCCUUUGCCUUUGACCAGCAGCGAAGCGCCUUUGGGGUUGGAGUUCCGGUUGGAGUUCCGGUUCCGGCCCCCGGCGAAAACUACCUCCAGCAGCUCUCGGUUUCGGUCGGAGACGCCCGCGUCCAGCCGCAGCUGCUGCUCCCGACGCCACCCCGCCACCCGGGGGGGAAGCAAGGCGUCCCCAUAAUACUCUCGAGGAAAUCGGCGGUCCCCCUGCCGCCGGCCACGGUCCACGCGGACUACGACUACGAUUCCGAGGCGCAGCUCCUGUCGGAACGCCUGGCCGCCUCGGCGCUGGAAGACAGCUUUGCCGACGACAUUGCCGACGACAUUGCCGACGGCGUUGUGGAGGAGGAAAAGAAGGAAACGACGGUGGCCGACCACGAGUCCCUGCCGGCCGGCCUUUCCGAACCCAGCGAAGGCCCCUUGCCCCCGAAACCACCCACGAAACCCCCGGGCAAGAAGCGGUCGAAAAAAAAGAAAAACAAGAACAAGAACUCUUCCCCGCCGCCAAACGAGGACGAGGAAGCGGUGGCGGAACAAGAGGUCACGACGGUGGAGGCAAUCCGGGCCAUCCCGGCGCAGGAGGUCAGCAUCACCAGCGACACCAAGGUACAGAUGCGCCGGACCGAGUCCUCCGCUUCGGUGGGAAAGCUCGGCGACGACAGACCCAAGAAGUUCGACGGCAGCGGCGCCGGAAAGGGGAGCAAGAAGGGACGGUCGAAGCGGAAAAAGGGACUGUCGAAGGACGACGCGGUCAACCAGAGGGCCGCCAAGGCCUUCAACAAGGCGGUCCGCCUCUGCGUCGAGCGGAGCGAUCCGGACGGCGUCAGGGAAAUCCUCCACGACAAGAACAACCACAACUUUGCCCUGGACAAAACGGUCCUGGAAACGGUCAUGAAGGCCUACGUCAUGGCGGCCAUGUUCGAGGAGGGCCUCUACUGCCUCCGGCACUGCACCCUCCCCGGGACCCUCUCGACCCUCCAGACCGAGCGGAUCCUCACCUGCCUCCCCCAGAACCUGAGGAACUCCAGCGCCUACACGGCGGUGGACAUGAUCAACGCUCUCUGCAUCGCCACCGAGUUUGACAACCCGACGAGCCGGACCUACUUUCUCCGCAUCGUCCGCGGGAUCUCACUGGAGUUCCUGGAGGAGGUCCUCUCGGCGAGGGACCGGAUCUGCUCCGCCCCCUGCGAGCGACUGGUACGCUCCGCGGUCUGCGUCGUCGCGGCCCGCCUCAAGCGCGGGAAAAAACCGAACGAGAUGGCCGUCCAGCCCGGCGAGCAGCUCGGGAUCUUUGUCCCCGAUUCCAUGGAAAACCGGGGCAUCCAGGCGGGUGACGCGGUGUCCAUCCUGCCCUACGCCGGCCCCUACCCCAUGUCGGCGGAGAGCCUCGACCGGAACAUGAUCGAGGCCACCGUGACGAACACCAACCCGAUGGUCCUGCGCCUCCAGGACAAGAUGAACGCGAGCCUCUACGCCAUGCUCACCGAAGACGCGGACGGCAACGUGUACCGGAUCGACAAGCUCGCCAACCGGAUGGGCUUCAACCGGCAGCUGUCGGCCGCGGUCUCGAUCGCCAGCCCACUCGGCGACGGCAAGAGCCGGGACACCCGCCGCCCCUGCAAGCAGCUCAUCAAGGCCAUCACCGCCAUGGACGAGAACAUCGACCGGGUCAUGAACCACUCCUCCAGUAGGAGUCCGCACGGCUCCGAGAUGACGUCGACGGCGGCGCUGUGCGCCGAGGCCGUCCCCUGGAACUCCAACGACGAAAAAGAGGACCGAACCGAUGACGACGCCAGCCGGAUGGCGUCCAACCUGGCCCUGGAAAAAUACAGGGCCCUAGAGGGACUCAACGCGUCCCAGAGCCUCGCCGUACAGGGUGCCGUGACGAACCGCCUGACGCUGGUCCAGGGUCCCCCCGGAACCGGAAAGACCGCCGUGGCCAUCCGGAUCCUACAGCACUGGGCCAGGCUUGCGAAAUCGGAGGCCGCUAGCGGGGAAAACCCGUCGCCCAUCCUGGCCACCUCGGACUCGAACAUUGCCGUGGACAACCUCGUCGAGGGCUGCGCGGCCGUUGGGCUGCAGGUCGUCCGCCUCGGCCGGCCCGAGGCCAUCCGGCCCGAGCUCCUGCGCUUUUGCAUCGAUCGUCCCCCCUCGACGUACGGUUCCAACGGCAACAAGGACCAGUACAGCGGAAACCCCGCGCAGGCCUUCAAGGAACGAAUGAAGGCGCUAAAGAAAGCCCAGAUCGUGUGCUGCACUUGCAUCGGAUCGGGGGGCGACAUCCUCGACGCGAUGACCUUUGAUCGGGUGCUCGUCGACGAAGCCACCCAGGCGACGGAGCCCGCCGUCCUCGUCCCCCUCAUGAGGGGCUGCCGGCAGCUGGUCCUGGUGGGCGAUCACUGCCAGCUGCCCCCGACCGUUCUCUCGACGAGAGCGGAAGAGGAAGGACACGGCGUGCCUCUGUUUUCGCGCAUGGUGGCCUGCGGCGUCCCGCCGUUUAUGCUCGACACGCAGUACCGAAUGCAUCCCUGCAUUGCGAUGUUUCCCUCGGAUCUCUUUUACGGCGGCAAGUUGCUGAACGGUGUCUCGGCACCGGAACGGCGGCCCCUGGCGGGAUUUCCGUGGCCAAGAGAAGAAUUUCCCGUUGCCUUUGUACCCGUCAAAGGAAUCGAGAUGGACGACGGCGUGAGCAAAAUGAACGAGGCAGAGGCCGCGGCUGCUUGUGACGCCGUAGCCGCCCUGCUUUCCGGUGGCCAGUGCAUCCCAUCGGACAUUGCUGUUGUGACGCCGUACGCGGCUCAGGCUCGCCUCAUUCGGCGUAUGACCCGUCGGCUCACGCAGAAUUCGAACCAGGGCUACAUCGAGGUCUCGUCCGUGGAUGGUUUCCAGGGCCGGGAGAAACAGGCAGUCGUCUUUUCUGCGGUAAGAAGCAACGAUUACGGAGCGAUUGGAUUCGCGGGAGAUUGGCGCCGCGUGAAUGUUUCGUUCACCCGAGCACGGAGGGCGCUCAUUGUCAUCGGAAACGACCAAACUCUUCGUCGGGGAGAUCCCGACACCUGGAUGCCCUGGCUUGCAUGGGCAGACGCGCACGGUUUGAACAUGGACAAGCCUGGUGUUCCGAGAGGAAGGUAUGAUCCCGAACAACUCCGACGAGUAAGAGGAGGGACAACUGCGGCCGAAAUGCUCAAGGACGUGCUCGAGCGCCAGCAGGCACAGUUGAAAAUAGCCGAAAAACAGCUCCAAAAAGCUGAGAAGAAUGCCGCCGGUCAUAUAAUUGGAAAAGAUGACGACGAAGAGGGUUCUGGUGAAGCUGGGAAUGCAGCAAAUGGCCAAGGACUAUCGUUGGAGGAAGACCUUGCUCGUCUAACAAACACGGAUGGAAACUGGGAUGACUCCGACGACGAAGAUGACUGCAAUAUGCAUCACAGUACGUCGCAGCCAACUCUUUCAUCGGUCGAUCGUGCAGAUGAAAGUUGCAGCGAAAACGAUUCACCCGUUGAUGUUUGGGAUCUCUAGUAUCGAACAGUUUCUCAUGCAACAUGAGUUAUAGCUAUGAUGAAAUUUUGCGUUCGUUUGAGCAUUUUCUAUCUUUUUCUGGAAAAAUGCGUUUCGUUCGCUUUAUUUGGUACGAACGACGGAACGUUGACAGUGCUUUGUGAUAUUUCGUAUACGUUGAUGACGUACCGUACGAAAUGUCAAAUUAAUAUGCAAGGCAUACCGGUACUUCUUCCGAACUAGUACGGGUAAUAAUGCCAUUAUUCAAAUAUUUUAAAGUAUAUCUCCUGUUGCUUGCUGCAAAAGCUGGAAAUGCCAGAGCAACCUGUUCCACAAAUGCCACUAGCAGCUUUUGUGAAUGCAGCGGGUCCUCCAUCGCUUUGACAGGCCAUGGCACCGUCAUCAAGGAAUGAAAACGGUACCAAAUGGAAGUGCUUUAUAAUAUGGCAUUUACUUCUAAUUGUCAUGAUACUGUCAAAUUGCAAGAUAACUUUGGCGUGAUAUACAGCCUUAAAGUGCGCUGCUCUACAUUUGUGGCCAAAUUACCCCUUUGCCGCCCUGUCAUGAUUACGAUUACCCUACUGAAUGCGCUGCUGCUGGUUUGGAUACUGCACCGAAUACAAUCUGUAUGGUCAAUAAGAAAUGCCAAACAAGAAGAGACGUGGCAAAAGACUACGUAGCUGAAAAAUAGUUAAGGGUGCUUAAAAUGUGACUCUCUGAAUAGCUCUAAAGUUUGCAAAUUGCUUAAUACAAUGAUUACAAGUAU